CCGGGACAUGCAACGACAAAGCCUGGAAUUCUCGGUGGACAAUGUGAUAAUCGGAAGGAAAAUUUUACGGUGCAUCAACGUCGGGAAAGGUUUUGGUGCAUUUCACACAUGGCAUUAGUUUAUUUGUUGCGUUCUCCAUGUCAUAUUUUUCUUAAAGUAUUUGUAAAUUGGUCCUUUUACAAUAUUUAUUUACUAAACAUAACCGGUUAUCCAUCCUUACGAAAGCAUCCCAGGGACUGCACGUCUGCACUCUGCACCCCUCAAGCUUGGGAGAAGGGCUCCAUCAUCCAACUUUUGUUGGAAUUUUGGCAGGUUUUUAUACCUUUAGGUCUUCAAAGUUGGGAUCAGGUUCUCGGUGAGAGCAUGGCAGCAUUUCAAGUAUUCUUGAGUUGUCACUUGGUUUAUUUCCUUUAAUGUCUGGAAGACUGGAACCCCUAUUCUUUCAUUGGAUGUGCUGCGUUUGGAUGGUUAUCUUUGAAGGUUAGCACAAAUGAGAGUGUGCCGAUUAUAGAGCUACUGAUACUCGAGGACAUAGUUGGACUUGAAAGAUCGCAGUAGCUUAGUGCCUUGCUUCUUUGAUCAAAUUUGAUGUAUCUUUUACUUGAGUCUCUCUUUAGAUAUUCAGAUACGAUGUAAAUAACUUUUCCGACAUUGAAUAUGUAAUGAUUUUGAUUUCAUUCAUUUAUUUUGGAGUUAUUGGCUUAAUUGUGAUCUUUUUUAAAAUGUAGAACUGUGGUUACUUUUCACUCUGUAAUAUUCAUCUAUUUAAGAAGCUUGGAGCUUACCC